GUGGACUUUUGAAUUUGUUGUAAAAGCAUAGUUAUAUAUCUAAGUCUAGCAAAAGGUGGCGAGUUGAACAUCGCGCCAUUAAUCACUUGUUGAAUCGGGAUGGAAUCCUUUUGCCUCUCACUUUUAUUGUUGAUGUUUAUAGUUGAAGCUUGGGGUCAGACGGAUUUGUGUUUGGAAAAAUGUGAAGGAAGUUUUACCAGACCGAAUUGUACUCAGAAAAGCUAUAUACAGCUGACUGCUUGCUCUUAUGCCUGCGUGUGCGAUGGCGAAUAUUCAUAUGAAGUUGAGGAAAACUUCAAAAGCUGCAGCACGGAUAAGGUAUGCUACCAGGGCGAUUGCUUGUACUCGUUCAGCUGUGAGCCUCAAUACGGACCUAACUUUAUUGGGCUGGAGAAUCCUGCCAAUCCAUGCGUCUUGCUGUGUGUGGCGAUGGACGCUCCAUGUGUACAAUUCGAAGAAGACAGACCAACUGGAACAAGCUGUUAUACUUAUGAUAGCAGAUUAGGGCAAUGCUUCGGAGGGCGAUGUGCUGUAGGUUACGGGUUUGGAAUACAACAAGGAUCUGCAUCUGGAAGAGGAGGCAGUUACGGAUAUGGAUCCGGAGAAGGUGCAGGAUCCGGUAGUAGUUUCGUUUCUGCAAGAGGAGCCGGCUCUGCUACAGGUUCAGGAUAUGGAUACGGAAGCGGUUCUGGAAGCGGAUUCGGACAAGGAGUCGGGUAUGGCGGUGGACAAGGCUCAGGAAGUGGAGUUGGACGAGGCUCAGGAAGUGGAGUUGGACAAGGAACAGGCUAUGGCUUUGGACAAGGUUCAGGAGGUGGAGUCGGACAAGGAGCAGGAUAUGGCUUUAGACAAGGCUCAGGAUCUGGAGCCGGACAAGGAGCAGGAUCUGGAACCGGACAAAGAGCAGGAUAUGGAACCGGACAAGGAGCAGGAUAUGGAACCGGACAAGGAGCAGGAUAUGGAACCGGACAAGGAGCAGGAUAUAGAUUCGGACAAGGCUCAGGAUCUGGAGCCGGACAAGGAGCAGGAUAUGGCUUCAGACAAGGCUCAGGAAGCGGCUUCGGACAAGGCUCAGGAAGCGGCUUCGGACAAGGCUCAGGAAGCGGCUUCGGACAAGGCUCAGGAAGCGGCUUCGGACAAAUCUCAGGAAGCGGCUCCGGACAAGGCUCAGGAAGCGGCUCCGGACAAGGCUCAGGAAGCGGCUCCGGACAAGGCUCAGGAAGCGGCUCCGGACAAGGCUCAGGAAGCGGCUCCGGACAAGGCUCAGGAAGCGGCUCCGGACAAGGCUCAGGAAGCGGCUCCGGACAAGGCUCAGGAAGCGGCUUCGGACAAGGAUCUGGAGGAGGUUCGGGAUUCGGUUCCGGAGAAGGUCUCGGAUCCGGGGGAAAUUCGGGAAUCGGCCCCAGAAGUGCCAGUGGGGAUGGUGACAAAGAGAACAAUGGAGGAUCCAGCGGUGGUGAAGGAGGAGAUGAUGGUGGAGAAAACGAUGGAGAAGGCAACGGAGGAGCAGGAAGUAGCGACUCAGGAGGGGAUGGUGACUCCGCUGUUGGUGGAGGAAGUGGAGGGUUGAUGAAUUUUUCAGAACAAGAUGCCGGAGCUUUUGAAGAAGAACAAGCUGGUUCUGUAGGGGCAGGAGUGUGAUCAAACAUGGCUAAUUUUGUUUCAAAAAGCUGCUGCACAAACAAAACAAAAGUAACCUUCAAAAUUACUUGUAACUGUAUCUACUUGUUAUGUUAAAAUUAUCCUUCUAAAGUGGUGUGUUGAAAAAAAUACUUCAAGACAGCUGGCUUUACAAUGAAAAAAAAAGAAAAAGAUGCAUAAUAUAUAAAUGUAAGAAAAUUUUACUGAUGUUAAAGGGUUGUGCUAUAUUAUUUGACCUAUGCUUUAUAUUGCUAAAAUGCUAAUAUGACUAUAUAAUUGGUAUUUAAUCUGAUAAGUGGUAUAAAAUGAAACAUAUUUAGUCGAUUUUUUUUUUUGUACUUUAUUAAAAGAUAUGUUGUUGAGAAGAAAAUCAAAA